AUGGCGCCGAAGAAGAGAAAAUCGCUUUCAGCUGCAGACGGAGAGCAAGUUGAACAGAAAACCCAGAUUCCAGAAGACGUCUUGGCAGAGCUGCGCGCUUUAGGCCAUGAGGUGGACGCUUCAGAUCUCAUGAUGCCCCUGCAACUUCGCGGUGUGACUGCAACUGCACUCGCCAUUCUGGAGGCGCGGUUCGUUCGCAUCUUCAGCAAGAAGUCCCAGAAGAUACAACUUGUGUGUAGGCGGUGCUCUUGGUCUUCAAUGGCGACCGGAGUGUGCAGGGGAGUAGAACACGCCGUGCACUUCGCGAACCCCAACCCCUCAGAUGUGCAAAGGUACCUUGAAUCUCGCGAGCUUGACUAUGAUGAGAAGAGAGCAAAAGCCUUGACAGAGUACAAGAAGUUUGGGAGCAGGACCAAUGCUUGCGCCAACCCUAACCAUGUGACUCCUCAAGAGUUGAAGGUUUUGAACGCACAGAAGCAUCCGGCGGCCAAGCUCUGGUUUGAGCUUCUCCGUGCUCCUGAGGCGCGAGCCAUGCUGCCAGAGAAGCAGCCUCGGCCUGCGAUGGAUCAAGAAGGUCUUGAGAGACUCCACGCUUUGAGCAUCUUUCAGAACCACCAGUCCUUUAUGUCCGUGGAAAGCAACAUGACAAAGCUGUUCUUCAAGAACUUGGCGCCGACAUACAAGUGCCCAACCCGGUUUAAAGUUCGAGACGUGCUGGAUUCCACAGCUGCGGAGCUGGAGGACUAUAAGCAGAAGCUUCUCAAGCAGGGUCCAUUUUGCCUUUGCACCGACGGUGCGACGAUUUCUGGCCUCGGCUUUUUGAAUGUCGGCAUCAUGGACUCGGGCGGUGUGUGUUACCAUUUGGACCAUAUUUCGAUGGUUCAUCGUGACAGCACGGCGGCUGGUCUCGCUGAAGUGCUGCGGCCUUACGCGCAGCACAGAAGCGUGUUCGGGAUAUGCGCGGACAAUGCGGCCAACAUUCAGGCCGCCAUUGCCAUCUUGGCUGCCGAGCGUCAAGACUUCGUGCUCCCUCUACGCUGUAUGGAACACGGCAUGCAGUUGUUACUCAAAGAUGUGCGAGCUGCGAUACCAUGGUUGGAGAAGGCGACGAAGGAGGUGAACGCUGCAAUCCGCACGGUUCGCCGCUCGAAAAAAUUUUUCGGGAAACUCAAGGCCUCCGGGCUAGUUCUCCAACACCGGAGAAAAACAAGACACAACUCGUGGUCCACGAUGGCCGUGAAAUGGGUACAACACCGGGCAAAGGUUGCCGAGCUACUUCGAAGUGAAGGCCCUGAGAAGCUUGGGCAUUCCGCCAGGCAACGCAAAAAAUUGCAGACCGCCUUGUUGGCUCUUGAGCGCCGCCCCCUCGAAGCACGCAUCAGACGUGCUGUCCCCGUGAUGUGGGCAGUGACUUCCGCCAGCAAGGUCUUUGCUUGCGCCAGGCUACCAGAAGCACUGGGCGUAUGGUGCCUUUUGAAGAGUCGCCUCGAGGAAGCCUUGGAAACUUGCGAUUUCAAGGACAGUGGUGAGAACAAUGGGACGGUGGAGCUCAGGAAGAACAAGGUUCGCGAGCUUUAUGCGCGCAGGAAAGAGCAGUUUUGCACGGACAUGGUGCUUGCGGCCAGCAUCUUUGACCCGCGCCCUCUUUUUGGUCUCGAAGAACCGGAUCAUGCGCACGCAGCUUUUGUGAUGGCCCGAAAGAUUCUACCCAACAAGUUUUUCGACUCGACCGAGGUUCAGGAGGCCUGUGUGUCCGACAUGGACGACUACCGUGCGAAGAAGGGCCUGUUCCGGGACACGGACUUCCCGACAUCGGAUGCACCUCUGUCAGAGGUAAUCGCGUGGUGGAAGAGUCGCCAACCUUCAAAGCCUCUGGCUGUCAUGGCCGACAAGUUUUGGUCUUGCGCAACAUCGCAAGGCCAGUGCGAACGCUACUGGGCCUUAGCCAACAGGGAUCGCUGUGCCAUCCGGAACCGUCUGGCCAUCGACACGCAGAGCAAGCUGCAAAGCGUAGCAAUUAAUCUUUGGGCCGUCGUGCCCGACAUGCCCCAGCCCGUACCCCCAAGCAUGUCUGGCUGCCUCAGUUUCACCAAGCUUUCCGCAACACCUUCACACGGGAUCUGUGGGGUGCAAGCAAUCAUUAGGCGAGAUGUUCGGGCAGAGGUGCAGGACACAUUUCCCGAGGAUGAUGAAUUGUCCUUAGCCUCGUCCUCUUCUAGCAGUUCCGAUUCGGAUGAGUAG